AUGGGAUGGAAACGGACAUCGGAUAUAGCUCAGGAAGUGAUAAGUAAACAAACAAAUGUGCAGUUGUUUUUCUUUACCAGAGCUCUCGAAUUGUUACGUGGAACGACUGAUGUGGACUUUGAUAUAGAAGAAAUGAGGGCAGAGAAAAGAACAAAUAUAGAAGAGGAAUCUGUAAACUUCGCUGGAUUGUUUAGGACGCGGUCGCUAAGGAAACCUCUGCUUAUUAGUGUUGUCAUGCAUCUAUCACAACAGUUGUCCGGGAUAAACGCCAUAUUUUACUACUCGUUCAACCUUUUCAAACAAGCGGGUUUAGAGAAUACAUCAGCUGCGCACGCAACUUCCGGUGUGGGCGGUACGAUGAUUGUGAUGACGAUUAUAACAAUACCGUUGAUGGACAGAUUAGGGCGGCGUACUCUACAUUUGAUAGGUCUAGGAGGGAUGUUCGUAUUCAGCAUUCUUAUUACGCUUUCUCUUGCUUUAUCAUACUUAGCAGAAUGGUUGAAAGUUCUGACUAUUGUUAUGGCUUUACUGUAUGUAGUAUCAUUCGCAACUGGACCUGGUUCAAUUCCGUGGCUUAUAGUGUCUGAAUUAUUUGCACAAGGAUCUCGCCCAGCAGCAAUGAGUAUAUCUGUGUUGGUUAACUGGAUCGCAAACUUUGCAGUUGGUUUCUCAUUUCCUUACAUGCAGCGGGGCCUCAAAGAAUACUCGUUCCUACCUUUUACAGUUUUACUUGGAAUAUUUAUUAUUUUUACGAUAAAAUAUGUGCCAGAGACAAAGAACAGAACGAUCACUGAUAUAACUCAGAUAUGGGAUGAAGACAGAAGGAAGAAAGAACAAACAACAGGGUAUAGAGAGGAAGAAUCACUGAAUAUAUAAUUAUUGAAAAGUUAUGUGUACGUAAUGCAUGCACGUGAAAGCUAAAUCCUUGUGGAGAAAGUGUCGCACUGUAGACCAUAUAGAUUACCUGUGCGACAUGUAACGGUGCCACAAACACUCAUACAAUAUUCGUUCUCUAAACUCUAAACUCAUUUGAAAAGUCACUGAAAUCUUAUCUGUUACAUGAACGUACCAACUAAGAGUUUAGAUUAUAAAAUGAAAUCUUUGACUAUAAAACUUACUCUGUUUUAUGUAUAUUGUUUAAGUAUGAAUGCGAUUUUAGAUUGUUUCCUGAGUGAUUGUCGUGUAAUUUAACGUUUGUAUAUUUAAGGGCCUGUUUGAACUAAGAUGUUGUAAAUGUUACCUUCUGAAAAUAAAGAAUUUAUUAUUUUUGCUA